AUGUUGAAUGGCAUUUACCAGGCCAUCAUGUUGUCGAAACAUCAGAUUACUCUAAACCCUUCACUGAUAGGCGCCGCUUUGUGCUUUUGGGAUAGCACCUCAAACUCGUUUGCCUUUGGCCCUGGGCCCAUGACUCCCACUAUUCUGGACAUGGCGGCCCUGUUCGGCUUUAGACCCCACGACCGUAGUAUUGAUGCUUUAGCCGAUUUUGAAAUGAAGAAUCGGAAAGUCAGGGUACCAAUGAGGGCUAGUGCGUCCGAAAUAAUGCAUCUGAAGACGUAUUCGGGCUUAGUUAUGACCUAUCAAGGUAUGGAUGAUCCAGAUCAGGAGCACAUGAUUGUUCUGCUCUUUUGGUUGAACAAAUUCAUUUUUCCUCAUGCUGAUGAAGGCGUGAGAACUGAGUUUAUGCAUUUGGCUGAGGCUCUUCAUAACGAAUCGGACUUGGCGACCGGGCCUUUUAUGUUGGCGUUGCUAUAUCAUCGGAUUACUGUUGAUCCGUUCAACUUGAAUGUAUGCGGCCCUAUCUGGAUGCUUCAGAUAUGGCUGGAGUGGUACUUUCCGGAGCUGGGGAGUGCAGGCUCGGAAUCUUUGGAAGAUGACGUUCAAGAAGGUGACGCUUUUGCCAUUGUACUGGCUACUAGGCCGAGAUGGUUUAUCAGUACAAAAGAGUGUUUUAUUUUCUUCAGAGAAUGCAGGCAGCGUCCUAAGGCAAUCUGGCUUCGUUCCCUGUUGGGUUCCAUGUUUUGGUUUGUAAAGAGAGGUCUCCAUGAAGCUCCUCGGCAUUGGAGACAUCUUCUCGAUUUUCGAUCUUAG